GUUACGAUGUCAAUGUCAAAUAAAACCAAACGAUUGAAAUAUUUCAAUUUGUUUAAGAUUUUGCUUGAAAAUUAAGGCGUUUAAACAAUUAUAAUAAACGAGUAUCCACAAAGUUAUAAAAAAUGGCAUUAAAUAAGUUCAUGCACCCAAGAAAUACGUACAGAACACCCCCAGAUUUUGUUAAAUUAUUCAAAGACUUUGAAGAUUUCUCGACAAUUGCUAAAAUGGAUGUUACAGGUAAAGUUAGCAUUGACUUUAAAGAUACGCGGGCGUUAAGAAUCUUGACUAAGUGCUUAUUGAAAUCUGACUUUGAUUUGGAUGUUAUUAUACCGGAAGAUAGAUUGGUGCCGACACUUCCACUGCGACUUAAUUAUAUUUUAUGGGUUGAAGAUUUAAUGAUAUCCAUUCACAAGGAACAUCCUUCGGGUUUAGACAUAGGUACAGGAGCUUGUGCUAUAUACCCAUUACUAGCAGCUAAGAAAAACAAAUGGCAUAUGGUUGGCACGGAAAAGGAUGAGGAUAGUAUAAAAAUGGCCUUAGACAAUGUUGAAAGAAAUGACUUACAAUGUCUAAUUAAAUUAAAGAAAAAUACAACUGCAUCGCUGGUUGAAUAUUUGUUUCUUGAAGACAAUGAUCUAAGAUUUGACUUUUGUAUGUGCAAUCCUCCAUUUUAUAGCAAUGUACAAGAGGUUCUGGAAUCACGAAGUCCUGCUAGACCACCUCCUAAAAAUGCAUUUACCGGAUCACCCCAAGAGCUGAUUACUGAAGGUGGAGAGUUGGAAUUCUGUAGAAAGUUGAUCAAAGAAAGUGCCAAAUACAAAAAUCAUAUUCUUAUAUUUACCACAAUGAUUGGACACAAAUACAAUAUGAAAGAACUUUUGCUGGAUCUUAAAGCUGAGGGAAUUAAACAUACAACUACAGAAUUUUGCCAAGGCCGUGUUACACGUUGGGGUAUAGCUUGGACUUAUCAAGACUAUGAUCUAUACAAUUUAGUACCGCCAAGAGACAAGCCUAGGAAAAAAAGUACUCCAAUAACAUUUGUUAUGCCUGAAAUACCAAAUCUACCUUAUGAUGUAGAACAUACUACUGAAAAAAUUCAACAGUUGUUUGAAGGCCUGAAAAUUCAAUACAAAAUUAUUACGAAAAGGCGAAAUGAAUCGGUACUAAACUUUAAUGCAAAAACAAACACAUGGACAAAUCAAAGACGUAAAAGGAGACUGUUAAAGAAAUUAGAAGGAAAUGUGUCUAAAAAGCAAAAAUUAGAAAAUCAAGAAGAAUGUGAAACAAGUACUUCAGAUUUAACCAUUGAUGAAAAACUAAAUGUACAUGACGAAACCAUGGAUAUAGAAGCAGCUUGUGGAAUAGCAUUGCUAGAUAAUAUGGACACUGCAACUAAUAGAUACACUGAAAAGGCAAUAUUGGAGGGAAUUCUUAAAGUUAGUAAUAAAGCAAAAACAGUAGUACUUGAAAUGGAAUAUCUUAAUGGCAGUGCUGGAAAGGAGGGUAUACAUCAAAUAUUGCAAUAUAUUAAGAAUAAUUGGAAGUAAUCAUUGUUUUCUUAUACCCUAAU